GGAGGACAAUAUCUGGAAUCUGAUGGGAUUAGUCAGACAUCUACACUUAUUUGUAUUCAGGUACAUUGAUAUUUCCGGAAGAAUUAUUUGCUAUGGCCAGACUUCGCAGGAAAGCAUGUAUUGCUCUCUUCCUUUUUACACUUUUCAUUUUUGGAACUAUGAUGGGCUUAAGAACUUUGAAGCCCUCUGAUGGGUUUUCUGAUUUGGCACCUGGCUUAGAGCUCAUGCCCUUUGCUGAACAGUCUGAGAGACGCUCGGUGUCCAAUGAGGUCGUCCCCCAUCCCCAGAGCACUGUGGAGACACCAGACCAGACAAAAGUGUACUAUGACCUCCAUAUCUUCUACUACAUGUGGUAUGGAAAUCCAAAGUUUGAUGGGAAUUACAUACACUGGGACCACGUAAUGGUACCUCAUUGGGAUCCCAAAAUAUCUGCAAGUUACCCGAAAGGCAGACACAGCCCUCCUGAAGACAUUGGCUCUAGUUUCUACCCAGAAUUGGGACCCUACAGUUCAAAAGAUCCAGAGGUCUUAGAAGAACAUAUGAAGCAACUUAGAGCUGCUGCUAUAGGUAUUUAAUAAUGAAGCAGGAUAAUUGGUCUCAUUUGAUAGACAUAAAUAUGCUAUUGCCAUAUAAUUUUCCACAUAGGUGCACAUCUUUAGAAAUUCUACCUUUACUACUUUACUUCUUUUUCAUUUUAACUUUUUCAUUUUUUUACUUCAUGUUAUGUGGCUGUCACAGCUUUUAGAUAUUAUAGAGGUUUUGAAUCAACCUUUAAAAUGAACUCAAAAAUGCACUGUCAUUUUGUUUUUCUUUCAGUCUUCAUUUGUUUAUGCCUAGUGAUGUCCCGAACGGUUCGCCGAACGGUUCGCCACGGACUCAUCAUUGAGUAAACUUUGACCCUGUACCUCACAGUCAGCAGACACAUUCCAGCCAAUCAGCAGCAGACCCUCCCACCUCCUGGACAGCUCACUAAGAAUGCAGCUUCACAAUUAAUGUAAAAUGGAUGCUGUCCAGGAGGUGGGAGGGUCUGGGAGGGAGGGUCUGCUGCUGAUUGGCUGGAAUGUGUCUACUGACUGUGAGGUACAGGGUUAAAGUUUACUCAAUGAUGAGUCCACGGCGAACCGUUCGUAGCGAACCGUUCGGCGAACCGUUCGGGACAUCACUAUUUAUGCCCCUUUUAUCUGAAUCAUUGUAUUCACCCUGUUCUUAUUACAUUUACUAUGUUUUCUUCCAUUUGCUAAACGUCAAUAUUUGGGAGCCACCAUUUGUUUCUCCUAUGUCAAAGAUGUCCGCAAUUUAUCCAUAUGUGUUAGCUUAGCAAUUGAAAUGGAACUUUUCUUAAAGGGAUACUAUAUGCAUCAAAACAACUUUAGCUUAACAACGCAGUUUUAGCGUGUACAUCAUGCCCCUGUAGUCUCACUGCCAGAAUAAAAUCACAUUUGUUUCUGUUUGUGCAGCUCUAGCCACAUCUCCUCUGCCUGUGACUCACACAGCCUCCAUGACAAAACGGCUUACUUUUACAUCUGGUGUUAACUUACUUUUAAUAUGUUUAUCUCCUGCUCUAUAAACUGAACUUUAAUCAUACACAGCAGGCUCCUGCAGGCUAUUAACAGAGCAGAAAUUCUAAAUUAAAAAGAUGGUGCAAUAAAGGAGCAGUGAGACUGCAGGGGCCAAAACUGCUUAAUUAAGCUUAAGUUGUUUUGGUGCCUCAGUAUCCUUUUAAGCUCUGCUUAUUGCCGAAGCAGGUAAGCAGAGUAGUUCUUAUGUUAUCUUAUGUAUAACUAAAAAACAAAAGUGGAUUUAAAAAAAUAAAAACAAGGGAUACAGAAACAAACAAUAGAGGUACAGAAAAUUUAUUAAUUUAAAAACAAAACCUGAAAAGUUACAGAACUGCUCUUUUACCCAUGCACAGUUUAGUUAACACAUAUGACAGCAACUCAGUUAUCUCAUAACAAUCCACUUAUUUCAUGUGUAUACAGGGGAAAACUCAGUUUUACUUAUAGACCCUAAAAGACCGACCUGUUUUGUUUUUUUGAGAAUUAAACACGGCUACACCAAUUUAGGAUUGCCCUGAUAAAAUUAUUAUAUCAGCAUAUAUCUAUCCUCUUGUUAACUUGAAUAUUUACAUUUCAAAGGGCCACCCCAUCACCAUAAAAAUACCAUUUAAAUAAAGUUUUUAUUGGGCAGGAGCAGGGUUGUCUUUAAUAUUGACUGGGCCCUGGGCAACCAUUCGCUUGGGCCCCCUGGAUGCUGCUCCUUGCCCCCUGCCAGACAUACUAAAACACAUGCACAGAGACAUACACUGACAGACAUACUGACACACACAGAAAUAUACACUGAAAGACAUACUGACACACAACCUGACAGACUUACUGACAUACACAUACACACUGACAAACAUAUUGACAGACAUACUAACACAGAUACAAACACUGACAGAAAUACGGACACAGAUAGACACAUACACUGAAAAACAUACUGACUGACAUACUAACACAGAUACAAACACUUGACAUAAAAUUACACUUUUAAACCCACUCUCCAGUUUCCUACCUUGGAGGGUAGUUUCCCCGGUGUCCAGGCUGGAGGCUGAGGCUGUUGGGAGUUGGGGUCUGCCUCUUCCGGCCCAGCCCCCAUCCUCUCUGCCUCCUCCUUCUCCCGCGUGGCUCCUUUCCUUAGUGGGAGGAAGUGACUCAUGGAUAUCACUUCCUUUCAGCGCUGCAGAAAAGCAAGGUGCUUGGUCACGCUGUUAAAGUGCCACAGUGUAUAACCGGGCCCCUGCUUACAAAUGCUCACCCGGUGGGCCUCCUUAGUGUGUGGGCUGCCGAUUGUGUCAACGGACCAAUGGGGGGAAAAAUAGUUGAGGGCAGCGGGGCACACGGUGCAGCUGCCUUGGGUCCCCCAAGAGUAACUGGGCCCGGGACAGCUGCCCUGUUGCCCUGCGUUAAAAAACGCCCUGGGCAGGAUUCCCUAAGUGCCCACUUACCAUAAGUGGUUAAACUGUGUUUGAAAGGUCAUACUGCCUCCUCUCUCUUCCCCCUUAGCCCCUAUGUAAAAGGAAUGCGCUGUCUGGGAGUCUGGGGAUUGCUCCAACUGGCACUCUCAGCCUAUCAGCGGCCAAUCAUUGCAAGUAACAGUGCACAUAUGUGAGGGGGAAAACAUGGCGAACACUUAAGAACACAGCGUCUGUGUAAAACUGUUAUUAUCUAAAAGGAAUGUUUUAAACGGCAAUACAACGUUGGCUUUUGUUUUUGGUGUAUAGAUCAUGCCCGUGCAGAGUUAUUGCUCAAUUAAGAAAUACCUUAAAACACAGACAAUCCCCACAAAAGUUACUUCCACUGAUAGCCCUGAUCUGGCUGACCAACAUAUUCCAAAAUCACUUUAGGGGUUUAGGAAUUUCCUGAAAGUCAUAAUUUGACCGACAGCCCGCAUGGUCCCAUGCCCAAAACAGUUCCAGAGAAUCUGGGCUUGUGGUCAGUCUAGUUCGGUAGUUUAAAAAUGAACAAACUACCGAACAGAGUCAAUAGUCUUACCCUGGAGCUUGAUCCCCUUGUUUGUGGGAACGUUUCCACCGAACAGCACCUUUCCAAGUGUUGUAGAACCGAACGCAGGCUAUGCUGGAAGUCCAGCAGUGUUCGGGAGUUUCUGUGUCCAUUUUCAGUUCCAUGAGAUUCAUGCCCAAACACCACUGCCUGCUUUCAUGCGAACAAGAUGUCCGCCACCUUGUGGUCGUCCAUAGGAAUUGCGGCCACCCAGAUGAACACUUAGAACACUGCAGUUGAAAUUGCUACAACGUAGCAAUUAGUCUUAACAAGUUCCAGGGUGGUCUCCGGUUCGUGCAGCUGUCCGGUUCCCGAACCAAAAAUAAUAUCCAAUGAACUAAGUCUGUUCAAAUAGUUUUCAAAGGCCCAUAGUCUUUGGUAAGAGGUUGGCCAGCAGGCCCCACCAAGCACACGUGAUGAGGCUCAGUUCGUCACAACAAGUUAUCAAUGUUUUAAUCCACAAAGUUACAAAAUGAAAGAUAUACUUCCCAACCCCCUGGGAGGCAGUGCUUGUAAGUCUAUUGACUCUGUCUGUGUGAUAAUUAGCACUGGAUACGCAACUGCACACAUUUAUUUAUUUAUAAAAUAUUUUACCAGGAAAGAUACAUUGAGAUUUCUCUUGUUUUCCAGUAUGUCCUGGGUCCACAAAACAUUGCAUUGAUACAAUAGGGUACAAUAAAAUACAAAAACAAUAUUAAUACACAAUAUAUAAAAGAUUUAACGUAGAACAGGUAGGAAAUAUAUAAUCAACCAUGACACGUGCAUUCUGUUUUGAGGUUUGUAGAGAGGGAUCUCUUAAAGGACUUUAGGUAGAAAAAAAGGGGGAGGAGUCUGCUCUAAGUAACAAAGAUAAGAGCUGCUACCCUAAAAAGGGGAUCCCUCAAGAACCCUCAAUGAAAUAUUGGAAAAGAAAGAAAGGGUGAAGGGCUGCGCUAUAAAAAAAGGAAAUGAAUAAUAAAUAAAAUAGUAAAAUAUACACAGUAUAAAAAUAAUCUAAUAUAAAUAAAAUAUGGAUGUGAAACAGAGUCCGUGCAAUAAUGGAGAUCAAACAGUAAAAUGUCCAAUAAAAUGCAUAAAAAACUCACUGAUAUGUGGAUACGCCGUGUAUAUAGUCCUCAAGGGUUAAGCCUUCCAAGUUCCACGAAAUCCGUAUAUUUGAAAAUAAGAACACAACAAGCUUCCAAUGGUAUAGUAUUGUACUGAGAGAAUAGGCGAAAAAGACAAAAUGGAGGAUAAUGCACUCACAUUUGUUGGAGCUUUGGUCCAGCUCUUGGAUGAAAGGCACUUAGCGGUAUAAUCCCCGCUAAUGGAUAUACUGUGGAAAUGGGUCCGUCCGUCCGGCUUGGAUUCCGUAGUAUUCCGCAGGAUAUAUAAAAACAGUAAUAGUGCUCUCAGUUUGAAAAGAUAACAAUAUAUAAAAUAAAAUAAAAUAUACUCACAAUGAUAGAGCAGGGAAUACUGCUCUAUAGAUAUUGCGCUUGUCAGCACCUCUGCCUCUUGUGAACUCCGGCUAUUCAGAGCGUUGCUGGACGUUACCCUGGCAACGCUGUGCUAUGCAGAAUAAAGCUCUUGACCACCAGGGAUCUGAAUAUCGUCCCUAACUUGACCUACAUAUGCAAGAGAGAGGAAAAUAAAAAAAAAUUUUAAUAUUAGUUAAAAAUAUAUGAAAUUGGUCUCUUACCCUUAAACCCCUUAUCUCACUCCCCAUACAAACACACACUCCAUCCAUCUACACAGUAUAUCUCCUACACAUACAAUACAGUCCCUUUACACACACAAACACACUGUAUCCUGUACACUACAUCUCCCUAGAAAGACACGCUAUCUACAGGCCCCUGCAAACACACAAACACACACUCUACAGCCACAGGACACACAGGCACACACAUACUCUACAGGCCCUAUAGGGUCUUUAUCAAGCUAUAGUGACACCAAGAAGGGCUAGUCUGCUUCAAAGUCGAUCUGUCACUUUUUUAUCAUAGGAAUCCAUCCAAAAAAUGAUAAAUAUAAAUUUAUUUAUUUAAAAAAAAAAAUUUUUUAAAAGGCCUAGGGUUAGUAAAAAAAUCUUGAACCUAAAACCUAAACUAGGAGGGAUGGGAGUUCCCAACAUUAUAGAUAUUUAUGAAUCUUGCUCAUUGGCACAUAUUAUUUCAUCUAUGAAAGAGAGCUCUAGGGGAGAAUCAUGGGCAAAGAUUGAAGCUAAAAGAGCAGAAAUUCCAGAUUUAAUGGCUUUAUUUUGGAAUAUACACAAAGGGGAGAGAGAUGAUAUGGGCCUAAUUCUAGAUAACUUACUGGUUCAAUGGAGAAUCUGGAAAAAAAGACUCAAAAUUACAGACAAAAGUAUUAUUGACCUCCCUAUGCAGGUUUUGUCCAUUAAUAUUAAGGACCUUAAUCUGGAGCCAUGGUUAAAUAAAGGCAUUAAUAGAAUAAGUCAGUUAUUUCAACAACAACAGAUUAGAUCUUUUGAAGAGAUUAAACAGGCUUUUUCUCUUUCCUAUAGAGAAAGCUUCACGUACUUAAGGAUAAAAUAUUUCUUAAUGAGACACAGAAUAGUGGAGAUCUCUGAGGAAUUACAGUUGUUUAUAAAUUUAUUAAAUAUUACACAUAGUAAAAACUUAGUAUCUAAAUGCUCUAAUAUCUGCAGUAAGUAUAAGCCACUCCCGGAAUUCCCAGCUAAAAAAGCUUGGGAAAAAGAUAUACAAAUUAGCAUCACGAGAAGUGAAUGGCUUGAGGCUAACAAUGCAGUAAUGAAAGCUUCACAUUGCUUAAAUCUAUCGGAAAGUCACUAUAAGGUUAUAAACAGAUGGCACUAUGUACCAGCUAAAUUAGCAAAAAUAUAUUCAGGUAACCAAUAUCACUGCUGGCGUUGUGCUUCACUUACAGCAGACUAUGUGCAUAUAUGGUGGUCAUGUCCGAUCAUAGUUCAAUUAUGGCAAAAGGUAGCGAAAUUCUGUAGGGAAGAAAUAGAAGUGGAUCUUGAUUUUACUUGUAGUUCUAUGAUAUUACAUAUGGGAUGGCCUACAAUUCCGAAGGAUAAAAAAGAAAUAAUUAUCCAUAUUCUUGUAGAAACUAAAGCUACUCUCGCAAGAUUUUGGAAAAUCUCAGAUUCCCCGUCAUGGGAGAAGAUAAAACAUCAGGUCUCGAAUAAUUGUAAAAUGGAAAUAGGGAUAUUGAGACAAAAUAAUUAUUACAAUCCACGAAUUGAACAAUGGCAGAAAUGGAUUGUGAAAUUAGGAAGAAGUAAUGUGACUUAAUAUAUACUAAGGUUUUUACGUCUUGGAAAUGUAGAUAGGGUAGUGGUUCCUGUGCAUAAAUUACUAAAUUAGCCACGGGUUUGAGGAGCCUGUUUGGUAAGGAAAAAAAUUUAUGUCAAAAAUUAUGGUUCCAGGUUCCUAGAAGCAAUAUGCGACUAACUCUCGGCAAAGAGCAGCCUUUUUUUUUUUUUUUUGUGUUUAUUGUCUAAUGUCUGAUUGUUUAUUGUUGUAACAAUGUAUGUGAAUCCCUUUUUGUUUGUAAAAAAAAAGGAAGGGGAAAGGGAAAGAAAAGGAAAAAGAGAAAGGGAAACAAUGUAAAAGAGGGGAAGGGAAAGAGAAAAGAAGGGAAGGGGAAAGGAAAAGGGGAAAGGGAAGAAAGAAGAGAGAAAGAAACGGGAAAAGGAAAGGAAAAGGAAAAGAGAAGAAAAGAGUAAGAGAAUGAAAGAAAGAAAAACCUCUUUUUCAAUAAAGAUUAAAUAUACAAAAAAGAAGGGAAGAGAAUAGGGAAAGGGAAAGAAAGGAAGGAGGGGAGGGGAAAAGAAAAAAGGAAGGGAGAAAGGAAGGGAAAAAAAAAAGAGAAAAAAAAAAAAAUGGAAAUGGAGAAAGGAGUUGCAUAUUUAUAAAUAACCUUAAUUAUACUCAUUACUAUGUGCAAUGGAUUCAAAAGAUAAAAGAUAGUUUAAAGCUAUCUACUGUAAUGUUAAACUAACUGAUAUCUUUCCUAGACGAGUAAUAUAUUAAAUCACAUAUUGUAUGUAUGUUGUCCUUGUAUUGUCUUGUUUGUAUAUUUAGUCAUAUAAUUGUCGUUGUCAAAUAUGUUUGUUAAAUUGUUUGAAAACAAAAAAAAAAAAAAUUCUCAAUAAAAGGCCUUUUUUUUCUUUUAAGAAUUAUGAAUAUUUUCCAAGUUAUAAGGAAGGAAAAGUAUGGUCUACUUUUUCUUUUGUAUAAGCUGAAGGUUGACAAAAGUUGUCAAGGGUUUGAGCUUUAGUCAAGAUCCAUAGCCCUUGUCAGAUUUGUCGCUGGCCAUUUUCUUGUACUCACCUCACCCGCGAUGUUACUAAUCUCCAUUGUUGACUCUCGCACAAUUGUGAGAAUUGACACUAAGACAGUGAAAGCUGCCACCCCUGGGCGUGCUCGUGAUUUCAUGCACAAGUUUAAUGAACUCAGCCAAUGGGGCGGAGCCAGCCACAAUUAAACUCACUUGACCCUGUAAAAGGUGAGUAAAAUCACCUUUUUAACAGAGGACAAGGGGGUGCUGUCACCUAAAUGGCUAUUUAGACCUAUAGCGUCAAGAAUACACGUUUGUAUUCCUGACACUAUAGUGUUCCUUUAAUUACAGAAAAUAAUAAUCAAUACUGGUAUAUGCAUUUGACACAAGUUGCAAGAUUGCUUUUGAAAAAUAGACACAAUGAAAGUAAGAGGCUAUUUAUUACACCAAGAAUAGUACCAGUGAUCCACUAAAAUACAUAAAUAAAUACCUCCUGCUUGCUUAAUGCUUGGUACGUUACACAACAAGUUGUGGGAAUUUACAUAUUUCUUGCAUGUCCUCCAAAUUAUGGCGAAUUAAAAUUUGAAUGGCUAAAAUAGCAGCGCAGUAAACCAUCUCUAACUCUUCAAUCUCGUUAGCCUUAAAUUUGUCAUUCAGAUUUAAUGUCACUAUAAUGUGUAUUUUAGUGAAUUAGUUCUAUACUAUAAAUCCUACAGAUGAUAUGUGACUGUGUUAAAUUAUCAGCAUCUUUUAUUUAUUUAUUUUUUACUUUGAAACCCAAUGUCUGGUAUGACGUGUACUGUAAUAACUCUGAAGGCUUCCUUUGCAGGAGUGCUUGUGCUGUCAUGGUAUCCCCCAGGCACUGCAGAUGAAAAUGGAGAAGCAGUGGAAGAUUUAGUGCCCCUUAUCCUGAAUGCUGCCCUUAGAUACAACAUCAAGGUAACAACAGUGUAA